AUCUAAUUUUUUUUAAAAUUAUAAUUAUUUUAUGAUAUGUGCAUGAUGAGUUCUUUAUUCGAUCUGACACGAUCCGACUUCGACUCCUCUUAUCUACCCUACCCAACCCGACCUGCACCACUUGACUCGACCCAACCCGACCUGAGGCGGGUAUGGGUAUAUGGGGUUUUUAAUUGCAGGGUGGGUACGGAUAUUGAUCGAUCCGACCCAUACUUGAUCCGUUGCCAUCCCUAAUUCGGCAUAGGAGUCGAACCAAUCUGUACUAAUCCGAACAGAGUGGAGCCUCCUUCUACCACCCGGUAUACCCAAAACUGAGAUGUCUACUAUACCACACUGACUUGUACUUCCCGGUUUUGGGUGGUACUAUAAUAAAAAGUGAGGAAAAAAAGGGUUGGGAGUUGCCUCAGCAUGGAAUGCAUAUUGUACUGUACCGACUGUAUGUAUUGAACCAGUAACUUUUUGGUAACAUAAUACUAAGAUUGUGGACCUUGGUCACAAUCAGGUGUAUGCACUAGUCUUCUAGCAAAUAGAGAGAUGACACAUGUCCAUUUUGAGGUUAUGUACUCUAAGGAAUUCUAAGUUUUGUGAUGAGCAUCUGGAAAUGUUUUCCCUUGUGUCCUUUAUUUAUUUAUUUAUUUAUAUGGAACAUUAUAAAGUUUUAGAUGAUUGUAAUAAAGUUGGGGAAUAUGCAUGCAUGCACUUUGACCUUACACUGAAGAAAGGGAAAAAAGAGAGUCAAAUGGCUAUUAAACACAACUCAGGUGAACAACCUUACAAAGCUAGAAACAGCUCAUCAGCAUAUGUCCAGAGCACAUGUAGUUUAGCACCAUUGGCAGCCUUUGGAUGGGUCAUUGCUACACACCUAUCACUUUACCCUGUAAUCCUGAUUGUGCCGCUAAUUCUUCUAUUAUGCCAUGGUCUGGAUGCUCCUCCUUCAAAGUUGUUCCAACAGAAAAAUAGUGAUGCAAGUGGAAGCAGUCCAUCAAGUCAUAGUCAUGCUAAGAGUACUCAAACUGGAAUUCAAGCUCAUUAUUUUUCAUGGAGACCGGCUCUUCACUUCUUGUUAUGGGCAUCUAUCUGGUCAUGUUAUGUGUUAUUCUUGAGUAGCAUCUCACUUAAAGGGCUUGGUGGCCUUUUGGAAAUGUUCAAAAAGACACAUGGAUUUAUUCUUACCGUGCAAGAUCUGUCUCCAAAUAUAGGUGUCUUAUGGUAUUUCUUUGCGGAAGUCUUCGACUUUUUCAGGAAUUUCUUUCUUAUAGUUUUUAAUAUGAAUAUACUAUUUAUGCUAUUACCAUUGGCCAUGCGUCUGAAACACCGACCGUGCUUCCUUGCCUUUGUGUAUCUUGCUAUCUCUUCAAUGCUAAAAUCCUAUCCCUCAGUUGGAGAUGCAGCUCUAUACUUGGGCCUUUUGGGCCUUUUUGCCAAUGAGUUAGCAGGCAUGCAAUUCUCUUUCUUCCUAUUUUGUGGGUACAUUGGAGUCUCCCUGCUUAGCCCUGUUAUGCACAACCUAUGGAUUUGGAGGGGUACUGGUAAUGCAAAUUUUUACUUUGCCACGGGAAUUGCCUAUGCUUGCUUGCAGACCGUACUGGUUGUUGAGAGUGUGAGCACAAUGCUGAAGUAUGACAGGAUGCUGCGUAAGCAUAUAACAACAUGACAUCAACGAAAUAUUUGUUGACACACGCAAUGGUUUCAGGGUGCUUGCUACGGAUUCCAACAAUCGCAUCUGGGCAUCAUGUUGAUCUCGAAACCUUGAAAGCAAUUUUAUUUCCUGUUCUGGCGUUAAACAGCAUUAUACCCUGAAGUGCUAACCUAUGCAAGGAGAUGCUCCAUUGCAUUCUCCACCACGUAUGGGGUAAUUUUGGAUUUUCCUUUUUGGGGUUGAGGAGGGGGGAAAAAAAAAAAGGCUUGCAAGAAAAUCAUAUCGUGGACUGUAAUUUUCCGGCUAUUGGGCGUGAUGAAGAAAGGCUGGAUGAUUGACUAGCUGCCACUGACUAAUAUCCUUGAAUAUGUUGUCUGGUGGACCGUUAUACCUUUUUAGGUGUGGUUCGUUUUAUUCAUUGGCUAACCAAUUUUAUAAACCCACAAGAACUCUUUU